AUGCCCCAUGGCGCUCAUUCGAAACAAGCCAUCGGCCUCUUUGCUUGUUUAACACGGCUGUCCAACACACACCGUUUGAUCAAUCCUUAUGCCUUCCGGCCGGCGCCUCGUUUUUACGCCUACACAAGGAGCAUGCGGAUGCCGUUGUCAACUGCCAAAGCCAGGCCAUCAGCAGAUAACAAGCGCAGACAUUCAUUGCCAAGGGAGCGGCGCGCCACGACCAACACGUCUUCAGCCAAAAUUCGGGAACUUCUCAGCCAACAAAGGCAUGAUAAAUGGGGAUUUCUGAUCUAUCGCUGUACAUACGAUGAUGAUACGGCCUGGGCGACGUUCCUGUCCCUUCUCGAGGAACGCGCCCAUGACAACUUGAAGAGGGAGGGUGACCUUGACCUGAAAGAGAAGUUAGUGUGGACAGUUAUCGAGGACAAGGAAAAAUUAGAUGGCGCCAGCGUUGACAAAGUUGGAGACAUGUUUUUAAACUGGAUAGAAAGCGAAGAGGCAAAAAAUGAACAGCAAAUUGGCCCAGAUGAGCUCGGGAGACCCGUCGCGGCCAUACUGGGAACCACUCCCAGAUAUCUAUGUUGCGUGCAUGUAGAUGCAGAAAGUUUACACAGUGUGGUAAACGAAGCUCCGCGCUCGCCAGAUCCAGACCUCUGGCAUGUGGGCUAUGUAAAUAUGAUUUAUGCGCCAUCGAGAGUUAGAACAGAGGGUAUUGGUGGCCACGAAGAACUGGAACACGACGACCACGAAGGAUGGACGAAGCUCUCGGCCGAUUUAUCAAUACCACACGCCUAUGCGUGCUUGCAAUCAAUGGAUGGCUGGUAUAACAUCUGGAUAAGGCCACCGUUGGUCUCGGCACUUUCAUCCCGCCAGUAA